AUGGUGCGGCUCAAGACUCGGUACUUGGUCAUGGAGGCCACGACGAGCGCGCGUAAGUUGGCGGUCAAGCAAGACGAUCUCGCCACGUUGAUCCGUGCGUCGAUCACCAAGAGCUAUGGCGAUUUUGGAGCGGGAUUGGCCCAAUACGCUUUCCAAGUGCUCUAUUACAACGCGUCCACGAGACUCGCAGUCAUUCGCUGUGCACGCAAAUGGUGCAAAAUGGUCGAGACGUCACUUGUCUUUGUGACGGACGGACACAACCAAGACGUUCGUCUCCGAGUGGCUCGCGUUUGCGGCUCCAGUCGCACGUGCAGGAAGUACCUGUUGCAGUAUUCCACGGAACGGGCAAAAACGAUGAAUCUGUAUGCGUCGCAGCCGAACUUUGACAGAGAAGUGCAGGCUGAGAUUGCACGCGUUGAUCCGCAAUGA